CAUUAAAUAUAAUUAAUGGAAACGUUUUCAAAUCAAGAACAUUUAUCUUCUAUUGAUAGAAUAUCUUUGAAUGAAGAAGGGGAAAUACUUUCUGAUAAUGAAGAAGUCGAUGAAAAAUUAUUUAUAAACACAUCAAACAAUUCUAUAUUAAGUGAAUCUAAUGAUAAUCUUAUUGUUCCUUUUGGUAAAUUUGAAGAUGAUAGUCUUGAAGUUGACCAUAAUCAUUCCAAGGAUAAAAAUCCAGAAAAUAAACAAAAUGACAGUAUAAAAACAAAGGUGUUAAUAGAUCUGGAGGAAGGAGAAUUAUCUGAUGAUCCUAAUAUAGGAAAUACAAAUAUAUCUUCAAUUGAUCAGAAAAUAAAAAUCAGCUACCACAAUAAUUCUAGUCAGAAUUUGACAUCUACCAAUAAAAUAAUGUGUAGGUUUUACAUUAGAGGUGGUAAUUGUAACUGGGGAAUGGCUUGUAGAUUUUUGCAUCCUGGCAUGAAUGAUGGCUCUAGAAGUAGAUUUUCAACACCGCAAGUAAAAGAUCCUAUAGUACAAAUGAAAUCACUACACCCCUUGGAGGAUAAAAAAAUUACAGAAUCAACCAAUAAUUUAAUCCUAUCUAAUUCCUCCCUGGCCAACGAUAUAAAUUCAAAAAUACAUAAAGAGUCUCCUAAAGAAUCCGCUUGGGAACGAGGUCUUCGUCAAGCCAAGCAACUAAUGAAACGUAAUAUUCCUCAAGUGACACUACCCUCAUGCCCUUCGCCCAAUCAGCUUGCCACACCUCGUGACUUUACUCCUCCCCCUUCAGCGGUAUCUUCUGCACCUCUGAAUAAAUCGAAUGGUGAACAGAUUGUCCUGCCCAGGAAUGACAAUUUAUCUGUGACUGUUACUCUAGAAGGAGUUGGGCCAUCUCCCAGAUUUGGUAGUCGGGGAAUCAGGCAUCCCCCACCUACUUACUAUUCUCAUCCUCCACCUAGAGCCCAUCACCCCAGAGGAUACCCACCGCCUCAUAGCAUGCCACACCCUCCAAGAAUGAGGCCAUACCUAGGUGGCCGCGGACCUCCUCCACACCCAUAUGGACCUCCCCCACCACACAUGCAUCCUCUUCAUCACCCCCCUUUGCACCCUGCUGGACCUCCUAGAAUAAGAUCACAUCCACCACCCAUACAUCAUUACGAAAGUUAUGGAGAGUCGAUGGAACCAUCUUACUAUCCCCCAGAUCUUCAGAUGGUGGAGGAGCCCCCACAUCCUGGAUAUCGAUACCCGCCACCUCCAGCCUAUCCACCUCCUUCUCGUUACAAGUAUCCUACUUAUCAUGCACCACCUCAGGCAGGCGAUUACUAUGAGAGAAUAGACGAGUAUUAUGAGGAAGCUAACGAUGUUUACGAAAAUACAGACGAUUUCUAUGAUUAUCCAAAAGCAGUCGAUACACAAAUGGAAGGUGUAGAUCUUAGGGAAGCUCUAAUGCGGAAGCACCAGAUGAAAAGGGCUCAACCAGUUGAAGAAUAUGAAAGGGUUAGGAUUACCCAGCCACCCCAGUAUAGAGAGAGAAUGUAUCAAGGUUCUGAAUCUCGCAGAGGUCUUCCAUAUCAUUCAGCUGAACUGCCUUACACCAGACGAACAGAUGAUAGGGACAUCAGUAAAUAUCGCCUUGUAAGAAGAAAUACUGCGAAACCUGAAGUACCUCCAUCAGACUACAAUUGUGAAAAGCCAAUUACAUUGCAUGAAAAUAGAAAGGAAGAAAAAAUCAGACGAUUGGAACUGGCUGAGGUUGUUCCGGAAGUGAUGGUAUCUAGAAUCGUAGCAGAAGAAGAUUGGCAUGACCCAUGGCUGAGGCGUAGGAAAAAACACAGAUCCCAUUCCUCAACUCCUUCCUCUAUAUGUUCCAAGUCUCCAGCACCCUCUAAGGCCAUCAACCCUUCUGUUAUUGUCAUGGAUAAACGCUCCAGGGGAGAGGCAUAUGAACCCCAUCAUCAUGCUUAUCCUUCCUCAGCUGUUCGAGGGCGGCGUGAACAUUAUUACAGCAGGCGCCCACUACCCACUUCCAACCGUUUAGCGUCGGCAGUAGAUGAAAACUAUUAUGAACGCAAGUUUCGACGCACUCGGAAGUUGAUGUCAUCUACUUCACCUCGUCCUGUUCUUCGAGUAACAGAAGAUAAUUUUAUAAAACCAGAAAUGGGAAUGAAAGCCAGAGACGAUGAUGUGAUGCCCAUCGAUGAUCUAAAAAUUCCAAGUGACGAAAAAAAAGGCGAAAAAAGAAAGAAAAAGAUAGCUAAGGGUAAAUCGUCUGUCUCUCGUUCGAGCACGGGAUCAGAAGGGUCGUCAUCUUCUUCCUCUGGCUCUUCCUCCUCAUCAUCAGGCUCGUCAGGUUCUUGUUCAUCUGCUUCACGCAUCUCGGCCAACAAAUUGUCUAAGAUUAAUGAAUCCAACAAAAAGAUUUUAACGGAACCUGAACAGAUUACUAUAUUUGAGCCUGAAAAGAAAGAUUCAAGAUCAUCUACUCCGUCCUCUUCUUCUACUUAUCGCCACUACAAAAGAAUUAACAAAGAAUCCAAAUUUCAAAAUUCGAAGGAAAAUAAGCAAGGGAUUAUUCAUGACAUGCAUUCACUCAAAAAUACUCAAGAUUUUCUUCCUGAACAACCACUCAAACAACGUUCCAACAGUUUUUCUAGUAUUUCUUCCUUUGAGAGCUACGAAAAGAUUGAAAAAAAUUCCAUAAAAGUGGAAAAGAAAGAAAAUGUAUAUGUUGAAAAAUUACUCAGACCAGUCAAAAUAGAGUCUACAUCUCACCCAAAAACAUCGAUGCCCACUCAACAAAUCAAAAUGAAACUUGUCAGCAAGUCCAAGGAUAUCAAAGGGCUAUCCGACAAGCAUUUGGUUCACAGGGCUAAUAGGGAAGUCUUUUCUCCCCUUUCCUCCUCAUCAUCCAAUGAUGAUCAUGAUAGUUACAAACACAAAAAUAACGAUAGUCAGACCAAGAAAUUUAUAACUGAGCAACCGGUUACUACCAAUAAGCUAAAGCUUCAACAACAUAAACAUUUGCCACCAUCUAAGCAAAAGGAGUAUAUAACUUACGAUAAAAUGAGCACUGUAUACCCUACGCUUUCCAACACCUCUAAGGGUAGCUCUAGUACAUCAUCUCAACAGCUACAAGCCGUGAAUAGAAGGGAAGAAUUAUUGAAGCAGCUUAAGGCUGUCGAAGAGGCGAUCGCCAGAAAAAGAACCAAAUAGCACUUAUUAUUUUGCGUGUAUUUAUUAUAAAUUUAUUCAUUCUGUUUCUCAAUUUUGUUGUUUAUACUUAAACAUGUAGACCUUCCCUCUCCUGCAAAAAAUUAUUUUUUA